CGGUCCUUGCUGUGAAGUGGAACUAGCCGCUACCCAGCGGUAUGGCGGCGGCAGAGGAAGAGGCAACGGCGGCUCGGACCUUGCUGACUGCGGUGCUGCAAGACCUUGCCGGACCUGAGGGGCAGCCGAGGCCGCAGACCCGCAGCGUGAGCCGUGACGAGGCCGAGGGGGAGCUGUCCGAAUCUGUGCUGAGGCUGGUGGGGGGCAGGAGCGGUCCGACUUGGCUGGCUGCCUCUUUAGUUAGAGCCGCUGUCCACCAGACCCUACAGGCAGACUUGGACUCGUUUGUUGAGAGGAAGCAGGAUGUGGUGGAAGGAACAGAAAAUGAUGCACAGACUGAAGAUCUUCUCCGUUUUGACGCCUUACUUCAUCGUUGCCUUAGUUGUCUCCAAGAGAUUGCCAGCGAGUGGCAGAUACAGUUACCUUCACCACCAAGCAAUGCACACAAUUUGUAUGUCUCUAUUCACGCCAUACGCAACACACGAAGGAAAAUGGAAGAUCGUCAUGUGUCAAUCUUGGAGUUUAACCAGCUAUUUGGCUUCACGGAUGGCGUUGAGCGAUCAUAUUUUGCCAUUUUUGAUGGGCACGGCGGGCUAGAUGCUGCUAAUUAUGCUGCUUCCCACGUCCAUGUCAUGGUGGCUCGUCAUGAGGCAUUGAUGUCUGAUCCCGCCAGGGCCUUAAAGGAAGCCUUUCAGCGUACAGAUGCUAUGUUCCUUAAAAGAGCAAGAAGACAGAGACUGCGCAGUGGUACCACUGGAGUGUGUGCACUUUUGGAAGGUGAUCGGCUACAUGUGGCAUGGUUGGGCGACUCUCAAGCUCUUCUUGUACGGCAAGGGAAUCCAGUGACUCUCAUGGAGCCUCACAAGCCAGAGAGAGAGGAUGAACGUAAAAGAAUAGAAUCUCUGGGAGGCUGUGUUACUUUUAUGGGGUGCUGGCGAGUCAAUGGGACUCUUGCUGUGUCCAGAGCUAUUGGUGAUAUUGAUCAAAAACCAUAUGUGUCUGGAGAAGCAGAUGUGUCCUCACAUACCCUCAGUGGCUCAGAAGACUUUCUUGUCCUGGCUUGUGAUGGUUUUUAUGAUGCAGUGUCUUCAUCUGAGGUUCCUGGCCUUGUUUUAGGUUAUCUUCAGGAGAAUGGUGGAGAUGGACAACAUGUUGCUGAAAGGCUGGUGUCAGCUGCUAAAGAAGGAGGCUCUAGUGACAAUAUCACAGUUCUGGUUAUCUUUCUUCAGGACCCUGCCAAAGUCUUAGAAGAUUAUUCGGCACAUGGAAGUGGGGAAGGUGAACCCUUGUUUGAUUUUGGAGGUGGAGGAGUGGAGGUUGCCUCAGACCAUGCAGGUUGAGAUCUCUUUUUACUGACAUAACAAUCUCAGGACCAUUUUGUAAGGAAAGGUAGUGGUAGACUGUUUAACCUCACUUAGGAUUUUAGGAGGGAAUCUUCAAGUAGUCUAAAUCUCCAAGUUGUCAACACAGAUCUGUUGUUUAUCACAACAAAAGCAAUGAAGAGUUUCCCUGUGACAUUGACAGAGCUUAAAGGGACAAUAAUUAGAGGAAAAAAAACACUGUAUUUAAAACUAUAUAUCUUGGUGAUGCAGACUGUAGAUCAGCAUGCCCGCUUGUCAGUAUGACACUGGAAGCCAGAGGUUGCGCUACAUUUUUUCUGGAAGAGUAAAAAUACUCCUCUUACCGUUUUUGAGGAGUAUUUUUAGCCGAUGAGGAGUAUGAAAGUUACAGUAAUUCAAAUAGUUAAUAUUUCUAUUGAGACUGUCUUCAGUACCGCACUCAGCAGGGAAGAGAGACCACGCUCGGCUGAACGCUUCAGACUCCUCAUUGUAGGGGAAAAAAAAGCGCUCCGAUACGGGACCCCCACUAUAUUUCACAGCAAGGCCACUUACCCCGCCAGUGAGGAUCUCCCGCCUCACUUCAGAGCGGUGUGCCAUAAGCUCUGGCAGCUUACUGUAAGGAGCCUUGUCAUUGGUUGUUUCAGGCAGCAUCGCUGCGCUGCCUGUGCCGCUCACUGCGCUUGCACAAGCGUUAUUGCGACCUCUGGUGGAAACAAUGUCUAUUUUCCACUUUUGUUCUCAGUAUUAUGUUGCAAUGGCCAAUACUGUAUGUAAAUUACCGGAUGGGAGGUCACAUACUUCAAAAGUAUUUUGUCACUAUUAGGCUCCAUUCAUACGUUCGCAAUUUCGUUCCGCAUUUUGCGGAACGGAAUUGCGGACACAUUCAUUCCUAUUCCGAUCCGCACUUCCGUUCCGCAGAAAAAUAGAAUACGCCUGUUCUUG